AUGUAUGUAUGUAUAGGCUAUGGAUCUUCGGCUAUUGUUUAUAGUGCAAUUUACAGACCGUUUAAUAAGCGAGUGGCCAUCAAGAUUAUUGAUCUAGAUAUGUUUGAGCGAAACCAAAUUGACGAACUACGUCGAGAAACAUCUCUUAUGGCUCUAUCAAAACAUCCCAAUGUAUUGCGUGUCCAUGGAUCCUUUGUAAAUGGAUCAAAACUGUACAUCGUUACGCCGUAUUUGACAGGAGGAAAGUUUAAUGCGGAUGGGACUAUAAAUAUCUAUCCAGAGGGAUUAGAUGAAAUAAGCAUUGCCACCAUACUCAAGCAGGCAUUAGAAGGGAUUGCUUAUAUGCACAAAAAUGGACACAUCCACCGAGACGUCAAGGCUGGUAAUCUGUUGAUGGAUGAGGACGGUACGGUAUUGCUGGCAGACUUUGGCGUUUCGAGUUCAUUGAUGGAGACCGGGGAAAGGGGUAUGCGAAAGACAUUUGUAGGCACACCUUGUUGGAUGGCACCUGAAGUCAUGGAGCAGGCUAGCUAUGACUACAAGGCAGACAUCUGGAGUUUCGGUAUAACUUCUAUAGAACUCGCUACGGGGCAUGCGCCAUUUGCAAAACACCCCCCUUUAAAGGUAUUGAUGAUGACCCUUUCAAAUGACCCACCAACAUUGUGUCGUGAGACAACAAAAAACAAGUUCUCAAAGACUUUUAAAGAAAUGAUUGAUAUCUGCCUCAACAAAGAUCCCACAAAGCGUCCAUCGGCUGAGAAACUUUUGCAGCAUGCCUUUUUCAGGCAAGCCAAGAAGAAGGACUAUCUUGUCAAGUCUCUG